AUGCCUGAGGCUGACGCAGCACCAACGAGAUGCAUACUUAUCCGCUUCCAUAUCAAAAUCAAUCAGAGAUAUCAACAUAAAAUACAAUACAUAGAUAUCGAUAUCGAUAUCGAUAUCGAUAUAGAGAUACCUACAUUAUUUUCAAUGGCUAAAUCAUUGAAGCUGAAUGUGAUAUGGAUUUUGGUAGUGCUAAUAAUAGCAGUUGAAGCUGACACUCCUCCAGGAAUAGCUAACAAUCCAAGCCAUGCAAGGUGUCUAAUCAAAAAAUACAAGCAUUGUUAUAAUUUGGAGCAUGUUUGUCCCAAGUUCUGCCCUGAUUCUUGCACAGUUGAAUGUGUUUCUUGCAAGCCUAUUUGCUCUGGUGCCUCCAUCGCACCCUCAAGCCGUGACAACGAGGGAGAUGGAAAGGGUGACGAUAAGGGUGAUGGAAAGGGCAAUGAUAAGGGUGACGGUAAGGACGAUGGAAAGGGCAAUGAUAAGGGUGACGGUAAGGACGAUGGAAAUGGAGAUGGAAAGGGCGAUGGUAAGGGCGAUGGAAAGGGGGACGGUAAGGACGAUGGAAAUGGAGAUGAUAAGGGUGACGGUAAGGGCGAUGGUAAAGAUGACGGGAAGGGCAAUGAUAAAGGUAACGAUAAGGGCGAUAAUAAGGGUGAUGACAAAGGUAAUGGAAAAUCAUCUCCACCACAUACGCCAGUAACUCCCGAAACUCCUCCCACUUCUACCCCUUCGCCACCAACACAAACACCAUCACCACCCACCCCUACCCCUACUCCUACUCCUACACCAUCACCAUCACCAUCACCACCAACCCCUACACCUUCACCACCAACACAAACUCCAUCACCACCCGCUCCUACACCUUCACCACCAACCCCAUCACCUCCAGCACAAACACCAUCCCCUCCUACCCUAACUCCUCCCGCAUAUCCGACACCUACUCCUCCAUCGAACACACCUUCCCCGCCCGCUUACACUCCACCUUCCACCGAUAUUAAUGCUGCAAGGAGAAAAAGAUGCAAGAAUAGAGACUUCCCUCAAUGUUAUGGAGUGGAACAUGUAUGCCCCAGCUCCUGCCCUACCACAUGCGAAGUCGAUUGUAACUCUUGCAAACCUGUCUGUCAAUGUGAUUAUCCGGGGGCUGUGUGUCAAGAUCCUCGUUUCAUCGGAGGUGAUGGCAUCACUUUCUACUUCCAUGGCAAAAAGGAUAAAGAUUUCUGUCUUGUAACAGACCCCAACCUCCACAUCAACGCCCACUUCAUUGGAAUAAAGAACGAAAACAUGAAGAGGGACUUCACUUGGGUUCAGGCCAUCGUUAUCCUGUUCAAUAACCACAAUAUCUUCAUCGGAGCAAAGAAAACCGCCACAUGGGAUGAAGCCAACGACCGCCUCGCCCUCGGCUUGGACGGGACCGCCAUCCUUCUCCCAGAAACCGAAGGAGCGAAAUGGCAAUCUGAAACUGUCCCAGCGGCAACCAUGAAAAGGGAUGCUGACACUAAUAGUGUAAUAGUCGAAAUUGAAGGGAUUGUCAAGAUCACAGCCAAAGUGGUUUCCAUUACUGCACAAGAAUCUCGAGUUCAUAACUAUGGCAUCACAAAUGAGGAUUGCUUUGCACAUCUUGAACUGGGAUUCAAAUUCUAUUCCCUGAGUAGCAACGUAAACGGUGUUUUGGGACAGACUUACAGAAAUGAUUAUGUGAGUAGGGUGAAAAUGGGUGUAUCAAUGCCAGUUCUUGGAGGGGAAAGAGAAUUUGCAGUUUCAAGCCUCUAUGCCACAGACUGUGCUGUUUCCCAAAUUAUUCAAGGCGGAAAAGAUCAAGCUUCUGCAUUCAAUUUGGAGCUACCGCGCAUGAAAUGUGGCAGUGGAAUGGAUGGCAGAGGUGUUGUGUGCAAGAAAUAGGGUUUCAAAUUUCAUUUGGUUCACUUAUUAUGGGAGGUUUUUAAUAAUAAUAAUGCCACAUUAAAAUAAAAAGAAAGGCAUGCAGAUGGAUUAAGAUGUGUGAG